UUCGGAGUAUCCGGAAGCCGGAUUGAGCCCAAAUUUCAAAUACGAGCUUCCUGCAGCGAGGGGAUAAUAGGACGGUCUCGGAUUUUAAUUCGGGGUUCGUUCGUGAAAUUGACGUAUUAGUACGGGAAGGUUAAACCGGUGUUUGAACGACCAGAACUGAUCAUCAUCAGCAGCAGCAGUAGAUAGGUGUAUAGGUGGGAGCUGAGCAAGAGUUGAAGGCAAGAUGAGG